CAAGAUCGCUCGCGCCGCGCGCGAAAGCUUACAGCGCGGUCGAUUUGACGGAUUCGUUUUUCAAAUUUUUCUUUUCGGCCAGUAAUAAGUGUUAUGUAAAAAACAAUUAGAGGUUUUAUUCAGUAUUUGAUAAGGACUAAAUAUAAUUGCUUGGAGUUAGCUGUACGAGAUAAGUGUAAAGUGAAAUGAUAUUUAACACUUAAGUGUAUAGUGUGAUGCAAGUGACUAAUGAAAAACACUUGAAGAUGCAGUGGAAAGGUGGAGGGCAUAAGUGGUGUUUGUUUGUGUGAUACGAGCUUUUAAAACCGCAAUCAUGGAUAAGAUGUCGGCAGCAGGGUCAGCGGUGGCGAUGAUAGGAGCCAACCUCCGGUUUGGAUCAGCUGGAGCCACCAACGCCUCUAUAGUCAACAACACCAGAUUGUGCCCACCAGGUGGAGCUGCAAGUGCUGCGGCACUUCUGGCAUUGUCAAGCUUGGGCAUGUCUGCGAAUUUAGCGCUCAUGGCCGUUAUUCUAAGCAAGAAACAGUUAAGAAGAUGGUCUCACGGUCUACUCUUCCACCAAGCUGUUGUGGAUUGCGCACGUGCUGCUAUUUUACUACCACUUGGAAUCGCCGUGUUUAGAUGUCAGCCUGUAUACAAAUGCUCAUUGGUAGAGACCGCUUUUCUUUUAUUGGUGACAGUAUCAACAGUGAAUAUGCUGACAACGGUGCUGAACGACAGUCCUAUAUUUCCUGAAAACGAAGAGGAGCAGGCAGAUCUGUCCGCACCAUUGCUUAUGGAUAGUCCGCAGUGCGUUCUCUUCGGUACAUUUAUGAUAUGGUUCGCAUCAAUCACCAUAAACUUGGGCCCGACAUUUUUAUCCGGGGCUUUAGCUGCCAGUGCUGGCUCCUACGGAUCGUAUGGGCCAUCUCCAUCGUGUCCCUUAGUUAGAGGACCCUUCAGGCAUUACGUAUUAAAUGCUUUAUGGAUUGGAGUCAACGCCGUAUGCGUUGGCCUAACACUUUUCCAUUUAAAGAAAUUACACCGAGAUCUGACAAAGGCUAACGUAGAGGCAGUGCGCGUAGCGGGGUUAGUGACCACACUAGUCAGUAUGGCAGGGGACAAUCGGCGGAUGGAUUCGCUACCAAACAGCGUAGGACCCAGGACUGUUGACGGCACCCUUGCAGACGGCCGUUGCCGGCCAACUGGCAGUGCUAACUUGCCUCUGGGAGGGGGUAGACGGUUAAGGGGCUAUCUCGCAAGAGUAGAAAGAGAGGGAGUAAGGAGAGUAAGAAUGUUCCUGGUCAUCACAGCUGCGUAUGUUCUUUUCUGGGGCCCGCUGUUUAUCAUCACUUUGCUACACCACCCAGCAUUGACUUCACAUGUUGCGUACGAGUUAUAUUUCCAAAUAACACUACACAUUUCGUACGUCCAUGCGGCGGUUAACCCUCUUCUCUUCAUUGCUUUGCACCGAGCUUUGCGGCGGGCCGCGUUGCAGCUCUGCUGUGGUUGUUGUGUCCAUUGGAGCCAAUUUGUCCUCGCCUUAACAGCAGCUGCUCAAUCACCACUGGCUCCCUCAUCUUUCUCACCUGCAGCUGCAUCACCAGAACCGCCGCCAGCUCCCCCGCCCCCUAUGGCUCCACCUGCGCCCCCUGCGCCGCACAACGCGCCACACACGAUGAUGAGUUGGGAAGUUGAGGAGUGUGAUGCUGAGAGUAUGUCGAGUGCACGUGUACAGGGAGACGAGGAUAUGAUGGAGUGGAGCAGUGUGCGGCGACCUCGUUCACCGAGUCCCCUUCUGCCCGCGAUUUGAGCACCCAUCCUUCACGGCGUGUCGCUGGACUGCACUUGUAGUAUGUGCUCUAGUGCUCGGUUAGGUUACACCUGUGUUUUAGAAUAGGUAUCAGACAGUCUCCUGAUGAAUGUAGCUUUUUGAACUAAUAAUAGCAUGCAAUGUAAAGGGAGUGGUUUUUAAAUAAACAAAACCCAUGUGUGUUAGAAAAUCUAAGAACUGUCUUAGUUAUAAGUAACCUUACAUUUGAAAUGUUUUCUAAUUUAA